AUGGAAGAUAAAAAGGUAUAUUUAAUAUACAUGUAAGAAGAUCUAGAAAAUGAGGGAUGCUCACUAAUAGAACUAUUUUAUUGCACGUUAUAUAUUUAAGGGUGGCAAUGGACUUCUUCUUUCGUGAGCCAUCGUAUAUUUCGAUUUGUGGGAACAAGUGUUUGAGGACGCAAACGAAGUGGUCGAGAAGGUGCUUAAAGGACUCCUUCAAAAUUUAAAGUUGCAGCCAAGGUGGAUGAAAGGUGUUUCGUCGAUGAUAAUUGCCCUUACGAUGGUAUGUUGAUGUAUUGCAAGGAAUGAUUUUAAUAUCCUACUUUCAGCACUAUAAUCAAUCAUUAACCUGCAUACAUUGUUUUUAUAUUCUUAUUUAUAUAGUUACGAUUGUCAUGUGGAAAAACACCAGGCAUUUGCGAUUAUGUUUUGUUUACAUGUCAAGAGAUAACCGAAUCAGAGAUUGCCGGACCUUCUGCGAUGCAAAAGUUGGAAAAAAAUAUCAUAAAGAAAAUAAGGAAACAAUCUGAUCCGGUAGGUUUACCUUUCAAUUGUUAUGUCUACAUGAAUUUAGGGGUUUAAUUAUUCUAAAAUGGAUACGAGUUCAAAUAUACGUUAAGUCCAGUUCACACGAGCGAGAUAAGAAUACACUGCACAUCAUCCCUAUUAGUUUUACCUUUUUUCUCUCCUCGUGCUUGUCGGGUACCUCACCCCGGCCUGUGAACUGGACUUUAUAGAACAUGCAUGGGAUGAAUCAGAACUUCUAUUCGCCCGAAGGCUAAGGUAUUGGACAUCAUUUGACAGUUGUCAAAUCAAAAAUAUAUUACAUUACCUCAUCUCUCCGAUGAAUGCGUCUCCCCAAUUUAAACCCCAUCAUCGCGAUCUACUGUUCAGAAAAUAUGAUUUUUAGAUUCUUACAUGGUUGCACCCAAGUGUAACAGUCCAUGAUGUGGCUGGAAAUAAAGUUCCUGGCAUCGCAAUUAUCACGUCAGUUGUCGAUGCUUUUCCUGACGUUUCAAACAGUGUAAGUAUGAAUUGAAUACUGAUUCCUGUUGUUGUAGGAUAAUAAUUGCAAAACAAUUGAUACGAAUUUUAAUUUCUAAUAAUUAAACCUUGGCUUACGCAAAAAUAUUCAAAGAUAUAUAUUUACUAUUACGUAAGGCCCGUUUCAAACUUCUGAUUUGCCAAAUGCAUUAAUAAAUUAAAAAUUCAGUAGAUAAUCAGUUGAGAAGCCUCAUUGUCUAUUGUUGUUAACGCGUUCGGCACACAUGAGAAGUACGAGGUUUGAAACAGGCACAAGCUUGACAAAGCUAUAUGUAUUGCUACGGAAUAGUUAUAGAUUAAUUACCAAAUUAUAUAGUGCAGCUUUCGUUUUUGAAGCCUUCUGACACUUGUGUAUCUUUCAAACAGGAAUUUAAAGAGGAACAGAGGAAACAAACCCAAAAUCCAGUCUCCAUUGGAGUGUAUUUCAAUGCAAAUGGAGAUGGGACGCUCGACGAUAUGGUAAAAAGAAGAGGGACCUGUCAGCGGAGAGCGUACAGAAUCCCUUCGAGUGCCUUGUCUUCUUACACUAGGCACGUUAUUGAAUUUGGUAUGUUGAACAUCUUGAGUUUCAGAUGCCGUAGCCUAUAUACAGGGUGUAUAAAAAAAACUGAACAGAUAUGAAUUUGCUCUCAAUUUUGCAAAACAGCUAUUAGUAUCCAGUUUUUGAUGUUAAUAUAGCUUCCUUGGGUACUUAAAAUGUAGAAUAAUGAGAAAAAAAAAUCCCGAACUCAAAUGUUGUGAACCGGGGGGGUGUCUUUUCCAACAAACUAAAAAUGGCUUGCGCACGAAAUUUAAAAGCAUUAAUCAUAGUUUGAGUUAAUAGAUUUAAAAUUUGUUGGGUUUUUAAUUACUGCACAAAAUUUCAGGCAAUUUGCUUUAGUUUAAACCCUUUAACUAUUCAUUUUUUCCUAAAAAAAUAACCUUUUGCAUGCUUAAUUAAUGCCUUUAAGUUUGUGAGUAAGUUUGCGUGAAUAGUUAAAUGGCUUAAACUAAAGCAAAUUAUGUGAAAUUUUGUACAGUAAUUACAAACCCAACAAAUUUUUAUAUAUAUAUAAAUUAAGGUAUAAUUAUAAGAUAUAAAUUAUUUGCUGUUAAUAGCUUGCAAGAUUCGUGACGAUCAGCCCGAGGAAAAUGAGGGGGGCAUGCAAUGAGGACACGGGGAUGCUGAACUUAUUACAAGAGGAUAUCGAAGCGUUAGAGGACGUGGAGAACAUGCUUCGUGUACAAAUGGAAGGUACACUCCGGAAACUGAAAGGAAUAUGAAGGAAUAUGUAUAGGCAUAAUGAAGUUGUGAAUGUUUCUGUUUAGCGUGGGCAAGUAAUCGUGACACUGAUGGCGAAUUAGCAGAAGACAAUCAGAUCGCUGAAGAUAUCAACUACGAUUACAGUUUUACGGAGGCAAGAUUUUAA